AUGGUCCGAACAAAGACGCGGCCCAGGACCCUGGAGGAGAGGUACCCCAAGGACAAGUACCCCAACGGCCCACCCCAGAUUCGCUUGGGACCUGCGCGCCCAGUAGUAUCCAACAACCGCAUCUUCAACGAUCACACCGGCAAACCAGCCUUGAUGUCAUGGGAGAGCUCGGGGGUCAAGAAUCCCUUGCCUCCCCUCGCCUCAUGGGUCUUCUAUAUGGUCCAUCCAGAUGUGCCGCGUGACUUUGACGGGUGCGUAUUCCAGAAUGGACUUGAGGAUGGUGAUACCCUGGGAAAAGGUGGCAGGUUUCGGUACGAGUUCUUCUUCCUUCCAGGCGCCACGACUGAAGAAUGCCAUGCGCACUACCUCGGGGAGCUAAAGGCUCGAGGCACCAUAUGGCGCCAUAUCCGCAAGGUCAAGAGAGCCAUGGAGCUCGAGAAUCAGAAAAACCCCCCACAGUUGGAGGAUGAUCCGGCAGAGGAGUCCGGUUCUGGUCUGGGCUCCACGACAUCGGAGUCCUCUUCUGAUGAAGAAGCCACUACCAACAAUCAACAACUUCCUGGCUUUGUCUGGCCCAAACACGAACACGAUUGCCCUUCUAGGAUGUACCGCGGCUGGUUUUUCGUGUAUCCACAUGCAAAUAUAGAUUGCCGAGGUGCUGACGGUGCGGAGCGUGAGAUAGAUGUCGUCACGUUUGACCCCAUCGAGCAGGAAUGGGAAGAAGAUGAGGUUCGCAGGUUUGAUCCGAUGGAACACCCUGUUUAUGUAACACGGAGGAAGGCCAGGCACGACGAAUAUUAUGACGCAGGGCUUUUGGGUUGGAUGGAGAUGAGAAAGUUUUCACACUGGCAGGAAAAGGCUGAUGAAGCUACGGAUGACGCGCUGAAGCUAGGCUGGAAGUCUUGGUAA